UUUGAAAAUGAAAGAGGAAAGCUGGAGUAGAGAGCUGAGGAGAAGAGUGGCAGAAACUUUCCCGCCAUGUCAGCAUAUGAGAGCCGCGCGUGAAUCUCGCUGAUUAAAUUUCUGCCACCCCGAGUUUUCCAUAACAAGACAAUCUUUCUCUUCUCUCUCCUCUCUCUAUCUCUGGACUGUUUGGCCAUAUUCUCCUUCUCGUCAGAUCAGAUCUCCCAAUCUUUAAUCUCCUUCAGUUUCUCCAUCAAUUUUGGGCCGCAUCUUACUGGAUUUCUUUCUCGAGAUUUGCGCCAAUGUGCUCCUGUUGAGGUUUGUCGGCAACCAAAUAGAGCAAGAUAAAUUUUGUUUUUGCAGGAUUCUCGAGAGCCAUACAGAGCAUAGUUAAAAAAGAAAAAGGAAAAAUCGAAUUGAGGAAUGGCCGAACCGCCAAAACCAGUUCUCCAGAAACCACCGGGUUACAGAGACCCCAACGCGCCAGUGCGGCUCCCCCCGAAACCGGGGCUCCGAAAGCCGAUUCUUCCUUCAACGUUUCCAGUGAAGAGGAGGCGCAGGAGCUGCUGUCGUAUCUUCUGCUGCUUCUUCUGCAUUUUCUCUUUCAUUCUCAUAAUUAUCCUUUUCCUUGGUGGAGCAUUUUUCUACCUCUGGUUCAAUCCGAAAGUUCCGGUUUUUCAUCUACAGUCUCUCAAGAUCCAACGCUUCAACGUCACCGUCAAAUCUGAUGCCACAUAUAUAGAUUCGCAAACGGCCGUCAAGGUGGAAGUGAGGAACCCUAACGACAAGAUAACGUUCAGAUACGGCAAGACAAGUGUGACGCUGACCGCUGGGCUUGGGGAGGAUGAGACCGAGUUGGGAUCGGGGAGUUCGGGCGAGUUCACUCAAGGGAAGAAGAGUACAACGGUCGUGAAGUGGACUGUACAUGAGAAGAAUGUCUUGGUCGCUGAUGAGGUUGGAGCGAAGCUGAAGGCUCGGUACCGAAGCAGAGCCAUGGUGGUUUCUGUGGUGGUUCGGACUAGGGUCAGUUUAGGUGUGGGGGGUUGGAGGAUAGGGACCGUGGGGAUGCAUAUUUCAUGCGGGGACGUCGCCUUGAAGAAGCUCGACGGUGGCGACAUGCCCAAAUGCACCGUUAAUGUGCUCAAAUGGAUCAACUUUCACUGAAAUCGUUUUCACUUGAAGAAGCUGAGGUUGGGGUGGGGUUGUUUAUAUAUAUAUAUAUAUAUUAUAUAUGUGUAUGUAUAAUCUAAUAUUUAUAUACACCUAUAUUCUUUCCUUAUAGAGAAGAAAAGAUGGACACAUGGGUUUUUGGGUUUGAUUGAAUUUGUUGGGAUUUAUUCCUUUCUUUCUUAUUUUGCUUCAAAAAGGCAAAAAGGAAAAUAAAAAUAAAA